CCCUAGGCCACGACUCCGCGCCACCAAGAACACCAACCAUAGAAAUCCCCAAAGCAAUUUCCAAGUACGUAGAUUUCAUGGCGGGAGCGCUCGAGCCUUUUACCGGAGAUGCUCCGCCGCCCCAGAGGCCGGCCUCUCACCCCUUCUUCUUGCCCCCGCCUUUCCCCGCCGGAGCCCGCAUGGCGCCGACCCAUACUCAGCAUGUCCAGGCGCGCCCGCGUCUUCUUCGCCCGCAGGCCGGGCUGGCUCCUCGUGCCCAGCCAAUGAAGACCGCAGCAGCCGCGCCUGCGUCGGUGAAGCUGUACCGCGGCGUGCGGCAGCGGCACGGGUGCAAGUGGGUGGCGGAGAUCCGGCUGCCGCGCAACCGGACCAGGCUCUGGCUCGGAACCUUCGACACCGCCGAGGAGGCUGCUCAUGCUUACGACCAGGCCGCCUGCCGCCUCCACGGGGACGCCGCGCGUCUCAACUUCCCGGACAAGGCCGCCUCGUCGCGGCCCCCCCUCAACGCUGCCGUUGAUGCCAAGCUCCAGGUCAUCUCCCGCACCAUCGCCGCGUCCAAGAAUCAUACUCCAAGGCCACGCCAAUAAACUGCCCCGCCCUUCGGGAACUCUGGUGGCUCGGCUACGUACGUUGACACGUUGUCGGCUUCCGCUUCCGCGUCUCCUAUCCACUGGCGGCGAUGGAACAGCUCAACUUGGGGGGACGAGUCGGAGAGUUUCAUGCUCAACAUGUACCCGUCCUAGGAGAUCGACCGGGACUCGCUCACUGCUCAAAAUGUUACAGAGGGAGUAACAUAUUGUACUGUCAUUUUAACUUUCAAAAGUAAGACGCGUUAGAGCAUCUACAACGGGACC